CGGAUAAGAGAGAGAUGCAGAGGUCGAGGACGCAGAAGCGUCAGGUUCCGACUCUUUCAGACGAAAAGCAAGACCCGGAGGAUUAUCUCAAGAAACUGGGUGUAACUCGACACGUCCACCAUGCUCUAACUCAACUACUAGAGUCGAGGUCCGAUGAUCCAGUAGGUUUCUUGGUCACCUAUUUCAGUCAAGUCGUUGAGAGACCGUCUGUGGUCAAACGUGCACAGCAGGAGAUUGGGCUUGUGCACCAUGCUAGUCCUGGUUUUCAGCAGCAUGUCUUUAAUGCUUAUACAAUCAUGUGUAGCCAAGCGACUGUGAAGGCUGGUGGGCAUAGAGGCUCAAAGCAUCCAGGUCUAAUGGGUGGGCCUUUUUCGGAGCUGCUGCAACUUCUACUUACGAGCGUGCCCACUGUUUUUGCCAACAAGUUGAUGACUAAAAUUCAGUGCAGAGUUCACGAGGCUGUACAUUACAGCAUAUUCUGCCGAGGCGUGUUAUCAUGUCUCGUGCUGGAGGAUUUUCUACAGCAUUCAAAGUCGUUGUAUGAGAUGCUAGAUAUUUUUCAUGAAGGUAGAUGUGCUGCCGAUCGUCACCUGUGUGACGCAGUACUACAGCAGCUUACACUACAAAUAGACUCAGCAAGCACCAACCACGACACCACAAUACAAAAAAGAACAACAAAUUGCAUCAGAACUGCAAUGAAGCAAGUAGAGCAAAAGCGAACAGGGAAAAACGUUAUGCCUCAAGACGAAUUCACUGCUACGGCCGUGGAUGCUCUCUUGGACAAAAUCCGAGAAAUUAAGUGACGGCUGAGAUCGAGUUUUGAACAUUCUAGUCAAGAAAUGACUGUCGAUGUUUGAAUACGCGGGCGGUGCAGUCAUCCGAGCCAGUCACUACGACGUCGCCGUCUCUAGAACAGAUACAAUACA